AUGAAAGGAGCUGAGACRACRGAGCMAKGCAAUUGCUCAGCCUUUGCCUCMAGCGGCAACCUCCCUCACUGUUGUCUCCGGCGACCAACAAUCGUCGACCUUAUUACCGGAGCUCCUUUCAACUCUCAAGUCUCCAAUUGUUGCCCUGGAGGCGUCUUGACUUCUAUGUCUCAAGACCACAUCAAUCAUGUCUAUGCUUUUCAUAUGGACAUUGGAAGCUCUACUGAUGAUCCUUAUAAUUUCGACGCAAAACUCAAGCUCUUGGAAGCAUCACUGCUUAAUGUAACUAAUCAAAGUUGUGAACUUUUCACACCAUCUGGGUUUGCUUUGCUGGAAUGGACAGAUGACUUGGAAGUGUUUAUCCUCAAAGGUUAUGGCAAUUCCUUAAACUACCAAAUGGGAUUUCCAUUGCUAGAAGAUGUUUUGCAUUCGAUGGAAGAAGCUAUCAAGGCCCGAGAAGAAGCUAUCAAGGCUCGAGAAGGUAAUGUCAAGGCCAACUUUAAGGACUUGUAG